AUGCCUUCGACCUCGCGGUCGCGGGGCUCCGGACGAGCCAGUGACGCCGCGCCACGGACGCAGGUCAUAGCGCCUAUGUCGGAGCGGCAACAACUGGCUCUUGUGAUGCAAAUAUCGUCACAAGAUGCUCCUCCAGCCGCUCCGACCCCAGCAGAAGAACGAAAACGGACAAGACAACAACGAAAUGAACGUGGAGAAACCCCCCUCCAUGUUGCAGCUAUAAGAGGGGAUCAUGACCAGGUCAAAAAAUUACUAGAACAAGGACAAGACCCUGAUGUGACAGAUUUUGCAGGAUGGACACCUUUACAUGAAGCAUGUAGUUAUGGUUGGUUGCAAGUAGUAGUGGUACUAGUAAAUGGUGGGGCUAAUGUGAAUGCAAAGGGAUUAGAUGAUGAUACUCCUCUUCAUGAUGCUGCCACUUCAGGCAACCUAGAGAUGGUUAAAUUUCUUAUUGAGCAUAGUGCAGAGCCUUUCGUAAAAAACACUAAAGGAAAAGCCCCAUCAGAUUAUGCAGCUCCACACAUCUACGACUAUAUACUAUCCUUGAAAGAUAAUAACGCGAGAGCUUCUCAUAUUGCAAGAACAAGGGAUGACAGCAACAAGAAAAGUGGCAAUGCAAGUACAAACAGUGAAGGCAGUAAAAGAACCAACAUGGAGGGCCUAGCACAGGGUGAAAUUGAAGGAAAAGAGGCCACCCCACAAGAGAAAGGCAAUGCAGAAAUUAAAGAUGAAGGUUCUCAGUUGAGUAGCGGAGUAGUGUCAUCCACACAGGAUGACACUAACAUAAGUAGUAAGAAAGGAAAUUAUGAAGAAAGUCAAGAAGCUGACACACCCGAGGAUGACGUUUCUAAGCGGAAGAAGCGUAAAGAGACUGAAGAAAAGGAGCCGAUGGCUAAGCCUGCACCUGUAGCUAGGACUGGGACUGGGCGUAAGCCUGGGCCUGCAAGCAAGACGGGCGCGGUGCCGCUAAGUAAAGGCGGCGCUUCGCCCAACGUUAACAAAAGUGCUGCCACUUCGUCUACUGGGAAGGCUCAAGCUACAGGCAAAGGGGCUUCAGGGAAUAAGGGGAAAACAGGCUCCGGUAAAACUGGUCUGCAUAGUGGAAAGCAAGACCGUAGGAGUCCUGUAGCAAGUCCUAAACCCGGCCAAAGUAAGGAUGAUGGGGAAAGUGAAGAGAAACCACAAGAAGCAAUGGCACCAAAAGUUCCACCUUUGAAGAUAGUUAUUCCUGGUGGAGCUGGUGGUUCUGGAAAUAGGAAUGAACAGGAAGAAGGCGUACAGCGUGGAGGAGGAAAGGGGCGUGGUAGUGCAUCAACAUUACCUUAUGUAAUACCAUGUACUACGGACACAGCGCAAACAUCAGACAGUUCUGAUGGAAAUUCAGAUGACAAGCGAGUGGAAUGCAAGGGCGGGCAAAGAGUACUGCGUUCGCAUAGAACGAACGACGCCGACAAAGAUAAAGGAAAUUGCCCGCAAAGCUCAGACCGAUCGGGAUCUAACCAAAUUCUGAGUUCCCAUAAAAACCCACUUCCAGGGGCUGAUGAUGCGCCGUCAACAUCUGGAAACUCAGGUGGGAGAAACGAAUCAGCUACUGCGGGACAUUCGGCCGACGUCCACCCAAGGAAGAGAAAGAUCAAAGCCUCUAAAGAGAGCCACUCAAGGGAGCCGACUAAGUCCGAACAUUCUGAAAAUAUCGCCCAUAAUGUUACGCAUUCCAAUCCCUAUCAAAUGUACAUACACAAAAGGAAACAGAUAGAGCGCCGUCAAAAAACCCUCUUUCCAGUCAAACCUAAACCGCCCAAAGACUUCAAUAAGUACCUGAUGAAUAGAUGCACCUACACGCUUCAAAAUAACGUGAACCCGGAGCCUCAGGUUGAUAUUCCCAUUAACAUGCCACAGCAGAUGGUCACAGAGUUUAUGUCGCAAGAGAGGGAGAGAACCCGGUUACGGGUACAGCAUCAAGUUGAAAAGGAAAAAUUGGUUUUGGCUGUGGAGCAGGAAAUUUUACGGGUGCAUGGACGGGCUGAACGGGCGGUUGCAAAUCAGGCGCUGCCGUUUUCAGUUUGCACGAUAUUACGUGAUAAAGAAGUGUAUAAUGUACUAGCGCCCGAUCAAGAAGAGAAGAGAAAUGCGCAGAGAUCAAGAUGUAAUGGAAGGCAGAUCAACUCGUGGUUGCAGGAAGUAGAUGACAAAUGGGAAAAGAUUAAGGAGGGCAUGUUGCGGCGACAGCAUACUGAAGCGGAGACACUUCACGCUGUACAAAUUAUGGGUUGGGAAUGGAAACUCAAAGAGCUUGGUCUAUGUGAUCAUAAAAAUACUCCGAAAAUUGAUGCGACACACGUACCUCAAAUACACGUGUCAAAUUUUGAUUUGCCCGCUUGA